GAGGGAGCCAUGGCUGCAGACAGCCCCGUGGAAAGUCUCCGGGAGGAAGCGACCUGUCCCCUCUGCCUGGAGUAUUUCACAGCCCCUGUCACUCUGGAGUGUGGGCACAAUUUCUGCCAGGCCUGCAUCAGCCAAUGCUGGGAGGGACCAGGCCCAGCUGCCUCCUGCCCGCAGUGCCGAGAAACCGUGCAGCAGGGCCCCCUCCGGCCCAACAGGCAGCUGGCAAACAUAGUAGAAAUAGCCAAGCGUCUGAGUCUGCAGGCACCAAAGGGAGCAGGAGGGGACGGGGUGUGCGGGGAGCACCAGGAGGUUCUCAAGCUGUUCUGCGACGAGGAUCAGAGUUUGAUCUGUGUGAUUUGCCAUCUGUCCCAGGCUCACCAUGCUCACAGGGUGCUGCCCGUACAGGAAGCGGCCCAGGAGUACCAGGGGACAAUCCAGGCUCAUUUGAAGACCCUGCGGGAAGAGAGAGAAAAGCUGCUGAGAUGGAAAGCGACGGGAGAGGAGAGAAGCCAGGAGUAUCUGGUAUCUGUGUCAGGGUGGGCCCUUUCCCUGUUUUCAAAAAACCAGACAAAAGCCGAGAGGCAGAAGAUUGUGGCCGAGUUUCAGCAGCUGCGUCAGUUCCUGGAGGAACAAGAGCGACUCCUGCUGGCCCGGCUGGAGAAGCUGGGUGAGGAGAUUGGGAGGCUCCAGACUGACACUGUCAGGAAACUCUCUGCUCAGAUUUCCCACUUCAGCGAGCGAAUCGGGGAGCUGGAGGGGACGUGUCAGAAGCCAGCCAGUGAAUUCCUGCAGGACGUCAGAAGCACCCUGAGCAGGUGUGAGACGGGGCCGUUCCAGCCGCCAGAGGAGAUUUCUCCAGAACUGGGCGAGCGAGUCAGGGGUUUCACCCGGCAAACGACUGCGCUGUCGGAGACGCUGAGGCAGUUCACAGACACGCUGCCCUCUGCACUGGAGAGAGCAAAACGACCUUUCAAACACGGUGAGGUUUCAAGUGGAGACUAAAAACAUCUUCCUGAGCUUGUAGCUCAAGUCACCCACCAAACCCCCAGUGACCACGACAGGCAGAGCCCCAAACCUGCCCACUGAGCGGUGAGGCGCCCCAGGGGCACUGGAUCAGAAGGACGAGGGGCUGUGUCCUGCCCCUUUAAGCAAUGGGAUGGUCGGACCCCCCCCUCACUUCUCACUAUGGGCACAGUUUGCAGGCAGGGGGCUUUGCAGGCAGGGGCUGCGCUUUGUGUCGGGGCAGCUGAUCAGCGCAGCCCCUCCUUGGGCACCAGCCUCUGCCCUGUGCUGCCCCUCCCAGUGACCCCAGAAGCCAGAGCUGGACUCCCCCCAUUGAGCCCGGCUGUCCUGAAAAGCCCUGGACCCUCCACUGCCCUGGGGGUGACUAAU